AGCCCUGCAUCACUUGCUCAUGAAAAACUGAAGGGGCCAGCAAUCAGAGCAACGGGUCAAUAUCGCAGAGGAUUGGCGCGAAUUUUAUAUUGCAUUAUUUUUAAUUUCUGAAUUUCUUGAAUAUUAAGCUUUGUGCUAAAACGAACGAAUUGAAAGUUUACAGUUUUACAAAGUUAUCUGGUAGCACUCAGAUGCAGGAAAACAAUAUGGAGACGAACAACGAAAUACAGGAAAGAUCGGAUGAAUUCUUGAACGAAGUGAAUGGGACUCUGAAUAACGUGGCCGAAAACCUAAGAGGACUGAUAACUGACUUGAACACGCCACCCACAAAUGUGGGCAUCGCUCCCGACUUGGCGAGACUCCAACACGAGACGCAAACCAUUCGAGAAAAUUUAGAGUUUCUCAUAGCGCCGUUCUUGAAUGGAGCAAAGAAAGCUGUAGAUCUGCCCGGCCUUAGAUGGUACGACUCGACAAUGACUGAAGGCGUGUCAGAGUUGGAAGCGUUGAAGACCAAGUACGCGAACCUGCAGCGCGAGUGGGAGAGCCAGCAGGAGCAUAUUGGCAAGCUGCAGAGCGAGAUCUUCAAGUUGCGCAACCAGCUGCAGCACCAGACCUCCUACUGCACCACUCUCGGCUCCAUCAUGGGCACGCUCGUCUGGAAGGCGUCCCGCAUUCCGCCGGUCGUCGAACUGCUUUUGGCUGGUAAUAAAUUGCCGGACUUCUGCUCGAUUGUGAGUGGCACUCUGGUGUCGUUUCUUGAGACGUACAACCGCGAGUUCCCCGACCAGAAGACGGACGAGAUGCAGUUCAUUCUGUCGCUGGGCGGCACAGUGGCCAACAUCGCUGCCUCCACCGAUGGACGCCAAUUCCUCACCGGCAACAAGUACGGCAGGGAGCUGCUCGAUCAGGUGCUCAACAUCCUACCGCACAUCCCGCCUGUCUCCGGCGACACUUUGAAGAGGAUACUGCUGAUGACCCUCUACAAUCUGAGCAUCAAUCAGAACGGAUUGCUGAUGCUGCAAGACCAACAGUCGCUGCUGGUGACUAUGCACAGACACAUCCAUUCGGACCGCACCCCGGAGCUCAAACUCAUGUCUCUCCGGCUGCUCCAGUCCAUCAGCUAUGAAAUCACCUCUCUCAAAGUACUGCAAAACAUAUUGCAGCAGAUUCCGCUGGAAACGAUUCGUGAGCUGACAAUUACAGGCGAUGCUGAAAUACGGGUGGUGGCCCAAGACGUUGUCACCAAUCUGGAAUCAGCCCUGCAGAAGCUCACCGAAAAAACAACCAGUCAAGAAAAAAUAUCUUACGACGACUGCUUCAUGGUGCAAAACUACUCGCAACAACAGCAGCAACAGUCGCAGCAGUCACAACAGUCCAGUGUUGACAGCGCUCUCAAUCGUCAACAAACCAGUCAACAACAACAACAGCAGCAGAGUCAACAACAGCAGUUGCAGCAACAGCAACAGAAUCAACAACAGCAGCAGCAACAACAGAAUAUUCUGCAACAGCAACAAAAUACUCAACAACAACAAAAUCCCCAUCAACAACACAAUCUUGGUCAGCACGAGCAACAGCAGAAAUCACAUUCUCCUAUCACAAACACCUUUUAAACAUUUCGUUUCUCCCAUCUGAAUAUGAAUAAAAAUUCAUCUCCACUCAGCCAUCAUCAUAAAGAAUUUAGUUAAUCCACAUUAACCUUUCACAAUAUCUCAACACUAGUCACACUAGUUAAAUGUUAUUAAAGUACUUACUAUGCUAUCUGUUUAAUAUUCAGUGUCAACUUUACAAUAAUUCUAUCAAUCUUGAAGAACCGUGUUAAUUAUUUUAACUCUAGUCAGUUUAUGGAUGUGAUUUUUUUUUGCAUGAUAAUUCGUUUUUAGAUAGAAAAAUUUGAGUUGGCCAAUCGAAGAAUUACUUCCAAAGUAAAAAGGUUGGUACCAACUGAAUGAUCUUUAAAGAAGCAACACUGGAAAGUUGGAAACUCUAAUUAUUAUUAUCUCAUAAAUUACUGACAUUCUAAAAUGAUAAAAUUAAAUUAAAAAGUAUACAAUACAUUAUUAUUAAUGUAAUUAAAUCCUAACAGCAGUACCUACGACUUGUUGGAAUUUCCUGAGGUAAUGUUCUGAAUGUUUGAAUCUAACUAGCUUUUCUAGAAAAAAAACUUAAAAUAAUGAAGUAGAUUUCAAAAUGAGAUGGGCGUCACAUUUUUAAUUAAAUUAAAAAUCCCUUGUUACCAUUUCCAUAACAUUAUUUCGUCUUAUGUUUGUUGACGAGUUCAAAAACUUUCCAGGUUUCAAGGUGGAAAUUUCAAAAACGUAUUUCGAACGAGAAGUAUUAUGUAUAUUGUGAUUUUUUCAGUUUUUUUUAUUAUUUUUUGUAAGUAGUGAUUAAGUAUAAUAUUUUUUUGAAGAUAAAUCGAUUAAUUGACAAAUAAUGAAUAGAUAGGACUUUAGUCCUUUCAAUCUUUGUAUAAGUAUAAUCAAUCUCCAUGUAUAUUGCUUAACAAUGAAGUUUGAAAACAAAUACCAUAGAAAGAUGGUUUCCUUUCCAUAGCCAUAAACUGAUUACAAAUUACAAAAAUCGUAGAUAAAAAACAAUGAACAUAUAAAUUGAUGGCAACACAGGUUUGGAAUUGGAUUUAGAACAAAAUGCUAAUAACAUCUGGAAAGUAGUCAGCUAGACAAACUGAUAUCCUUUUUCUUAUAAAUAAUUCUAUAUACUAAUGUCAUAGAAUCUUCUCAAGGAGAAUGCUAGAGAAAAGGAAACCAGUCCAAAGUCAAUAAUAAUUACUUCAUCUAGCUUCGGAAAUAUGUUAUCCUUAAAUGCAUCAGCUUCGAUUUAAAAUCCAAUAUAUAUGUUUUACAGUAAGGAUCUAUGAGUGAUAAUAUUGUGUAUUUUCAAAUUAUUAUAAGAUAGAAAUAUAAUGCUUAUUUUAAAUACCAAUAUGGUAUUAGUGUGCAAUUUUGUUGUAUGUUUUUUCAACUGGAGGUUAUUAAAUAACUUAACUUGA